CCCGAACGUGACAUCCGAUGAUCGAUCGGCUCUACGGGGGUAAAUAAAGCGGAGCAAAGGGAUCCUCCGCUCCUAGCGUGACCUCUGACCCCGCCUCGUCCAGCUCCACUAGCCCCGCCUCUCUGCGGUCAGACGGGAGCUCCAUUCAAACACACGAAACUCGGCGGCCCGGCAUGACACAGUCGCUGUAGCAGCAAGCAGAGCUGGCAGCAGCGACCACACCAGCAGAACCUCGCACAGUUCGGGAGCGAAGCAGAAGGGGAGACGGAAGACAGAAGCGUCCGCAGUGUACUCGGCAGCCCGGAACACACCGAGCGCAGUCAGCUAGCGGCAGGCUAACGGCUAACGGCACCGACAUGGCGAGCGCCUCCUACCACAUCUCCAACCUGCUGGAGAAAAUGACCUCCAGCGACAAGGAUUUCAGGUUCAUGGCCACCAACGACUUGAUGACAGAACUCCAAAAAGACUCCAUCAAACUGGACGACGACAGCGAGAGAAAGGUGGUGAGGAUGAUUCUUAAGCUGCUGGAGGACAAGAACGGAGAAGUUCAGAACCUGGCCGUCAAAUGCCUGGGCCCCCUGGUGAGCAAGGUGAAGGAGUAUCAGGUGGAGACCAUCGUGGACACGCUGUGCACCAACAUGCUGUCGGACAAGGAGCAGCUGAGGGACAUCUCAUCCAUCGGCCUCAAAACGGUCAUCGGCGAGCUGCCGCCUGCCUCCAGCGGCUCCGCCCUGGCCGCCAGCGUCUGCAAGAAGAUAACGGGUCGACUGACCAGCGCCAUUGCCAAGCAGGAGGACGUGUCGGUGCAGCUGGAGGCGCUGGACAUCAUGGCCGACAUGCUGUGCAGACAGGGGGGUCUGCUGGUCAACUUCCACCCCUCCAUCCUCAGCUGCCUCCUCCCUCAGCUCACCUCCCCCAGGCUGGCCGUCAGGAAGAGGACCAUCAUGGCGCUGGGACACCUGGUCAUGUCCUGCGGGAACCUGGUCUUCAUCGACCUCAUCGAGCACCUGCUGAGCGAGCUCGGACGCAACGACAACAUGUCCACCACCAGGACGUACAUCCAGUGCACCGCCGCCAUCAGCAGACAGGCCGGGCACAGGAUCGGGGAGUACCUGGAGAAGAUCAUCCCGCUGGUGGUCAAGUUCUGCAACGUGGAUGACGACGAGCUGCGGGAGUACUGCAUCCAGGCCUUCGAGUCCUUCGUCAGGAGGUGUCCGAAGGAGGUCUACGCCCACGUUCCCACCGUCAUCUCCAUCUGCCUGCGCUACUUGACCUACGACCCCAACUACAACUUUGACGACGAGGACGAGGACGACAACGCCAUGGACGCCGAGCAGAACGACGAAGACUACCAAGGAAGUGACGACGAAUACAGCGACGAUGACGACAUGAGCUGGAAGGUGCGGCGGGCGGCGGCCAAGUGCCUGGACGCCGUCGUCUCCACGCGUCACGAGAUGCUUCCCGAGUUCUACCGCUCCGUGUCCCCAGCCCUCGUCUGCCGCUUCAAGGAGAGAGAGGAGAACGUCAAGGCGGACGUCUUCCACGCCUACCUGUCCCUGCUCAAGCAGACCAGACCGGCUCAGAGCUGGUUGGCCGACCCGGACGCCAUGGAGCAGGGGGACACGCCCCUCACCAUGCUGCAGAGUCAGGUGGCCAUGAUCGUCAAGGCGCUUCACAAGCAGCUGAAGGAGAAGAGCGUGAAAACUCGCCAGUGUUGCUUCAACAUGUUGACGGAGCUGGUCAACGUCCUCCCGGGGGCGCUCACCCAGCACAUCCCCGUGCUGGUGCCAGGCAUCAUCUUCUCCCUCAACGACAAGUCCAGCAGCUCCAACCUGAAGAUCGACGCGUUGGCGUGCCUCCACGUCAUCAUGGUCACGCACCCCGCCCACGCCUUCCACGCCCACGUGCCCGCCCUGGUCCCCCCCGUGGUGGCCUGCGUGGGAGACCCCUUCUAUAAGAUCACCUCAGAGGCCCUGCUGGUCACGCAGCAGCUGGUCAAGGUGAUCAGACCCCUGGACAGCCAAUCAGAGGGCUCUGACAGCUUUGACCCCUCCCCGUACAUCAGCGACCUGUUCAGCUGCACCAUCAGACGCCUUAAAGCGGCGGACAUCGACCAGGAGGUGAAGGAGCGCGCCAUCUCCUGCAUGGGUCAGAUCAUCUGCAACCUCGGUGACCGUCUCCCCGCCGAACUUCACGGCACGCUCCUGAUAUUUUUGGAGCGUCUGAAGAACGAAAUCACGCGGCUGACCACAGUCAAAGCUCUCACGCUGAUCGCCGGCUCGCCGCUCAAGAUUGACCUGCGGCCCGUCCUCCCCGACGCCAUCCCCAUCCUGGCCUCCUUCCUGCGUAAGAACCAGCGAGCGCUGAAGCUGUGCACGCUGGCCGCGCUCGACAUUCUGCUCCGGAACUACAGCUCUGCCGUGACGCCCGUCAUGGUGGACGCCGUCCUGGCCGAGCUGCCGCCUCUCAUCUCGGAGAGCGACAUGCACGUGUCCCAGAUGGCGCUCAGCUUCCUGUCCACGCUGGCCGUGACACACCCCUCGCUGCUGGGCCAGCUGAGCGGCGGCAACAUCCUGCAGCAGCUCAUCGCGCUGGUCCGAUCCCCGCUGCUGCAGGGCGGCGCGCUCUCCGCCAUGUUGGACUUCUACCAGGCUCUGGUGUCCACAGACACGCCGGGUCUGGGCUACAUGGACCUGCUGAGGAUGCUGACGGGUCCGGUUUACUCCCAGAGCGCCGCGCUGCCGCACAAGCAGGCGUACUGCUCCAUCGCCAAGUGCGUGGCCGCCUUGACGCGGGCGUGUCCCGCCGAGGGGCCGGCCGUGGUGGGACAGUUCAUCCAGGACGUGAAGAACAGUCGCUCCACAGACUCCAUCAGGCUGCUGGCUCUGCUCUCCUUGGGGGAGGUCGGACAUCACGUGGACCUCAGCAGCCAACCCGAGCUCAAGACGGUCAUCCUGGACGCCUUCUCGUCCUCCAGUGAGGAGGUCAAGUCGGCGGCGUCGUACGCCCUGGGCAGCAUCGCCGUGGGGAACCUUCCGGAAUAUUUGCCUUUCGUCCUGCAGGAGAUCUCCUCCUCCAAACGCCAGUACCUCCUGCUGCACUCGCUCAAAGAGAUCAUCAGUUCUGCGUCGGUGUCGGGCCUGAAGCCGUACGUGGAGUCGGUGUGGACGCUGCUGCUCAAACACUGCGAGUGUCAGGAGGAGGGAACCAGGAACGUGGUGGCCGAGUGUUUGGGCAAACUGACGCUCAUCAACCCCGAGACGCUGCUGCCCCGCCUCAAGGGGUACCUGCUGUCAGGCUCGUCGUACGCCAGGAGUUCCGUGGUCACGGCGGUCAAGUUCACCAUCUCGGACCAGCCGCAGCCCAUAGACCCCCUGCUCAAGAACUGUAUAGGUGAUUUCCUGAAGACGCUGGAGGAUCCCGACCUGAACGUGCGGCGCGUUGCCUUGGUGACGUUCAACUCGGCGGCCCACAACAAGCCCAGCCUGAUCAGAGAGCUGCUGGACUCGGUUCUACCGCAGCUCUACAACGAGACCAAAGUCCGCAAGGAGCUGAUUCGCGAGGUGGAGAUGGGCCCCUUCAAGCACACGGUGGACGACGGCCUGGACCUGCGGAAGGCCGCCUUUGAGUGCAUGUACACUCUGCUGGACAGCUGCCUGGACCGCAUCGACAUCUUCACCUUCCUCAACCACGUGGAGGACGGCCUCAAGGACCACUACGACAUCAAGAUGCUCACCUUCCUCAUGCUGGCCCGGCUGUCGUCCCUCUGUCCCAGCGCCGUCCUGCAGAGGCUGGACAGACUGGUGGAGCCGCUCCGAGCCACGUGCACCACCAAGGUGAAGGCCAACUCGGUGAAGCAGGAGUUCGAGAAGCAGGACGAGCUGAAGCGCUCGGCCAUGCGGGCCGUGGUGGCGCUGCUGACAAUCCCCGAGGCGGAGAAGUCUCCGCUCAUGUCCGAGUUCCAGUCGCAGAUCUCAUCCAAUCAGGAGCUGGCCGCCAUCUUUGACUCCAUCCAGAGGGACUCCAGCUCGGCCAACAUGGAGUCCAUGGACACCAGCUAAAGACGCAAAAGCUCCCACAAUGCAACACACGCAGACACACACAGACACACACCCUGCUGCUGGAGCGCUAACCCUGCAGCAUGUUUCCAUGACAACACACACGUAGUGACACACCCUCUCUAGCGAUCGGUCGUUCCCAUGAUGCAUUGCACUGACAUGAGCGGCCCCCGCACGGACAAAACGGAUGAAGACAAAGAACAAGUUUAAAAAAAAAAAAAAAAAAGUUCAUAGGGAAGAUUGGAAGCUCCUCCCACUUCCUGUUUGUUUUCUGGUGAGUUGUUUUCAUUGUGGCUUUUCCUUUUCCUUUUGGCAGCCGCUGCCGCGACCUGAUUGGCUGCUGCCGGCUGAUUGACAGCCGGCGUGUUACAGCCCGAUCGAUGCCUGAGGACUUUUUAAAUUUUUUUUUUCCUUCGGGAUGGCGGCGGCGACGGCGGCCAGCGGGGAUGCUCUUUUGGGACCGCUCGGCUUCUUUGUUUUCCCUCCCAUUCGGCAAAGUCGCCCUCCAAUCCUUGUCGCCUGUAGGAAGGAAGGAUUGGUGGACCUGACCGGAUCCUCCUGACGGCCGCGUCUUGUCAAGGUAGCCAAACGCCAAUCAAACAUCUGUUGUUCCUGCUAGCGGCGCAGACCGGGACCGGAGUGGUGACGUCACUCGGCAUCUGGUCCAGUUUGGCCUCCGCAGUCUGCUCCUGUUGAUUGCCCGAACGAAAUAAAGGUCCAUUUCUGCCUGCCUUCA